GGCAUCUCCCUGCGGAGCCAGCUUAGCCCUGGCUGUGGGAAGGGUCCACAUGGCAGGGCCUCCUCUGGGAGGGCCCAGCCUGGACCAUGCAGUGUGCUGGGGACCUGUCCCAGGACUCUGAGCCUUUGUGAGUCACGCUGUUUUCUCUUUGCUCUCUCUGUUAUCUUUGUUGUGGUGUCACUGACCAGCCAGCCGCCUGUCUCCGGCGUGGGCACUCUCCUCCCUCCAUGCUCCACUUCACCCGCUGCUGGUUGGAGGGGACCAGGCCUGGCUCUCAGCGUGGCUGCUGUCGGGGGGGCCAUGGGGAGCUCGGCCUCCUCCUUGGCCACCGAGACCGAGUCGGACCACGGCUUCCCCGGGGGGCCGCCCUAUCCAGGGCCCCCGGCAGCGGCCAACUGGUGUAGGAGCGGUCCUGGGGCACCUGUCUGGGGAGGCGCCCUGCUCACCCGGCAGCACCAGCCCCUGCACCCCCGGGCCCGAAGCCACACCCACUCGCCUGGGUCUAUGGCCGCGGUUGGGGCAUGGUCCUGUGUGCGCUGCACCUUCCUGAACCCUGCCGGCCAGCGGCAGUGCUCCAUCUGCGAAGCCCCGCGACACAAGCCCGACCUUGACCAGAUCCUGCGGCUCAGCGUGGAGGAGCAGAAAUGGCCCUGUGCCCGCUGCACGUUCCGGAACUUCCUGGGCAAAGAGGCUUGCGAGGUGUGCGGGUUCACUCCGGAGCCCACACCUGGAGCCCCUCUGCUGCCCAUCCUCAACGGGGUCCUUCCCAGGCCACCCGCUGUGCUGGCAGAGCCCGGGAGCUGCAGCCACGAGGAGGCGGGCCCAGCGCGACCCAAGGAGGACCGAAAGGAGGCACACAGUGACCAUGAGGAGGAGGAAGGGGCAGCAGAGCCUGGGAGCGGCUGGGCCUGCCAGCGCUGCACACUACUCAAUACUCCUGUGGCCACCUCCUGCUCCGUCUGUGGUGGCCCCCGCAAGCUCUCACUGCCCAGGAUACCCCCAGAGGCCCUGGUGGUCCCUGAAAUCAUGGCCCCUGCCGGCUUCCACGUUGUGCCAGCUCCCCCACAGCCAGCCCUCCCCGAAGUGGACCCUCCACCCUCUGACAAGGAGCCCCCCAGGAUCUUACCCUUCAGUCCCUUCUCACCCACUCUGCAGAACAAUCCUGUACCCCGAAGCCGCCGGGAAGUACCCCCCCAACUACAGCCACCUGUGCCUGAGGCCGCUCAGCCGUUGACCCCAGCAGGCUCGCAGGGCCCUGCAUGGGCAGGAGCAAGCAGCUGCCGACUGGCCGAGAUGCUGUCAGGCAAGCGGCUGAGUGUGCCCGAUGAGGAAGCCCCUGAGGGGGGUCCCUCCCAAGGGGAGCCUUGCAGGGACGUCAUCGACCUGACAGGCGACUCGGUGCGCUACACGCCCUCCAGCCCCUCCAGCCCCGACUUCACCACCUGGUCGUGCGCAAAGUGCACCCUCCGGAACCCCACAGCUGCCCCCCGGUGCACAGUCUGUGGCUGCUCCAAGCUACAUGGCUUCCAGGAGCACUCCGAGCCCCCGGCACGCUGCCCCGACUGUGGCGCCGGCAAGCCAGGCCCCUGUGUGGGCAGAGGCUGCGGGCGGGCCCCCUCAGCCCACAAGGCUGCCCGCCUGGCACCUGAACGCCCUGGCCAGUGGGCCUGCCUUGCCUGUACCCUACUCAAUGCGCCGCGGGCCAAGCACUGUGCCGUGUGUCACACACCACAGCUCGUGGAGGCACAGCACCGGGCGGCUUCCCCUCUGCGGCGCCGGGAGAGCAUGCAUGUGGAGAAGCGGCGGCAGACGGACGAGGGCGAGGCCAAGGCCCUCUGGGAGAACAUCGUGGCCUUUUGCCGGGAGAACAGCGUGAACUUCGUGGAUGACAGCUUCCCACCCGGGCCUGCAUCAGUGGGCUUCCCGGCGGGGGACAGUGUCCAGCAGCGCGUGAAGCAAUGGCUGCGGCCCCACGAGAUCAACUGCUCCGUCUUCAGGGACCGUGACACCUCGUGGUCCGUCUUUCAUACCCUGCGACCCUCAGACAUCUUGCAGGGCCUGCUAGGCAACUGCUGGUUCCUGAGUGCCCUGGCAGUGCUGGCGGAGCGGCCCGACCUGGUGGAGCGGGUGAUGGUGACGCGCAGCCUGUGUGCAGAGGGUGCCUACCAGGUGCGGCUGUGCAAGGAUGGCACCUGGACCACCGUGCUGGUGGACGACAUGCUGCCCUGCGACGAGGCCGGCUUCCUGCUCUUCUCGCAGGCUCAGCGGAAGCAGCUGUGGGUGGCCCUGAUCGAGAAGGCCUUGGCCAAGCUGCACGGGUCCUAUUUCGCGCUGCAGGCAGGGCGCGCCAUCGAAGGCCUAGCCACGCUCACCGGCGCCCCCUGCGAGAGCCUCGCACUGCAGGUCAGCUCCACCAACCCCCGGGAGGAACCCGUAGACACUGACCUCAUCUGGGCCAAAAUGCUGAGUUCUAAGGAGGCUGGGUUCCUCAUGGGUGCCUCCUGUGGAGGGGGCAACAUGAAGGUGGAUGAUGCUGCAUAUGAGAGCCUGGGUCUUCGUCCCCGGCAUGCCUACUCAGUCCUGGACGUGCGGGAUGUGCAGGGUUCCAGGCUCCUGCGGCUCCGCAACCCGUGGGGUCGCUUCUCCUGGAACGGCAGCUGGUCAGACGAGUGGCCGCACUGGCCGGGGCACCUGCGCACUGAGCUCAUGCCACAUGGCAGCAGCGAGGGCGUCUUCUGGAUGGAGUACAGCGACUUCGUCAGGUACUUUGACUCGGUGGACAUCUGUAAGGUGCACUCAGACUGGCAGGAGGCCCGGGUGCAGGGCUGCUUCCCCAGCACAGCCAGCGGGCCUGUGGGAGUCACGGCACUCACGGUGCUCGAGCGUGCCUCGCUGGAAUUUGCUCUCUUCCAGGAGGGCAGCAGGCGCUCCGACGCAGUGGACAGCCACCUGCUGGACCUCUGCAUCCUGGUGUUCCGUGCCGCCUUUGGCAGCGGUGGCCGCCUGAGCCUGGGCCGCCUCCUGGCCCACAGCAAGCGCGCGGUCAAGAAGUUUGUGCACUGCGACGUGAUGCUGGAGCCCGGCGAGUAUGCGGUGGUGUGCUGUGCCUUCAACCACUGGAGUCCCGGUGCCCCCUUGGCCAGUGCACAAGCCUCCAGCCCCUCGGCAGGGACCCCUCGAGGCCCCCCUGAGUCGCCUGGCCAUGUGCUCGCCGUGUACAGCUCGAGGCUGGUCAUGGUGGAGCCCGUGGAGGCACAGCCGACCACGCUGGCCGAUGCCAUCAUCCUGCUCACCGAGAGCCGCGGCGAGCGGCACGAGGGCCGGGAGGGCAUGACCUGCUACUACCUGACACAUGGCUGGGCGGGACUCAUCGUGGUGGUAGAGAACCGGCACCCCAAGUCCUACCUGCACGUACAGUGUGACUGCACUGACAGCUUCAACGUGGUGUCCACCCGGGGCAGCCUGCGCACCCAGGACAGCGUGCCGCCCCUGCACAGGCAGGUCCUGGUGAUCCUGUCCCAGCUGGAAGGCAAUGCGGGGUUCUCCAUCACGCACCGCCUGGCGCACCGCAAGGCGGCCCAGCCCUUUCUCGGCGACUGGACGGCCUGUAAGGGCACCCACAGCCCCCCACUCACACCUGAGGUGGCUGGCCUGCACGGGCCCCGGCCGCUGUGACUGACACGCACUUUACGAGGGAGACCCAAUGGACGACGCUUGAAUCAGAAACUCAGGGCCCUGCCCAGGGAGCGCUGACUCCCGUGGGCCCCCACCCACCCCAGGCACCCGCAGUCUGCCUGGCCAGGCCUCCUGGCCAGCAAGCAGAAUACCUCGCACCGGGCGGACUCUGCCAGCCCCAGGGGACAGGGUCAGUGGCUCUGAGCCCAGCUGGGACAUGGGGGCCCUCGCCAGGCCAGAGUGAGGCCAGGGCUCUGCCCUCCCGAGCUGCACAGUAGAAGAGCCCCCAGAGCCCAGCUCCCUGCUUCCCUCCAGGUGGCGGGGGGGGUCCCUGGAGGCAGGCAGGCCGCGCCUCGCGAUACUAUGCAAUGCCCGGGGUGCACAGGAUCCAAGCCAUGACGGGCAGUAGGCAGUGGGCCGGCCCUGCAGGUUGCUGCACACCACUGGAGCCAGUGUGGAUCCUCGGCCUGGGCCCUGGCCCGAAAGGAGCCCCAUUGCCGACACCCCUGGGCACAGCUGCUCCCCACUCCCUGGAAGCCCCCAUCCUUCUAUGUCCCCCUCUGCAGGGUUCACACCUGUGUCCCCCUGGCGUCCUUUUGCUGUGAAUAUUUUUAACCCUGUAAAUAAGGCCAGCUCUUGUGUCAGAGACUAUUUUAUCAGCCAUCCCUUGUCCUCGGUGGUUCUAGAUGGUUCUGUAUGGGUGGUUUCUAGACUCAGGCACCAAUGGACCAAAUAAAAGCAUUUUGUUUUGUA